AUUUACCACCUAAGAAAAAACCUCCAAAACCUAAAAAGGGUAUUUUUGGUUUUGCUUUUUUUUCCUUUAUUUACUCAAUCAUUUGAACUAAUAUGAUGAGAUUUCAUUAAUACCAGGCACAAUUGUGACAAUUAUAGAAAAGGAUGAUGAAGGUUGGUGGACAGGAAGAAAUGAACAAGGAAAAGUUGGAAUGUUUCCUUCUACAUAUGUAAAAGAAAUAAAGCAAACUGAAGUUCAACAAAAGAGGCAAUCAGUUUCAGAAGAUGCUACUGUCGAAGAAGUAGAACGACAAGAAUCUUCUGAAGUCCCAGUUACGAUUACGCAAGAAGUUUUUACAUCUGAACCAGCAUCUGUUUCCGCUGAUUCGCCACCUUCUUCAAUUCAUUCAAGUUCGUAUGAGGUUAAUAAUGAAGAUUCUCCAACAUUACCUAAAUCCCCUCCGCCUCCUAUGAAGCGUACAACAAAUGAAACUUCUUCACCCCCUACAACCAAUCGACGAUCUACGUAUGAUGCGACUGCAUCUAAAAGACGAUCUACUCAUGAGUCAACUUCACCUACUUCACCAAGAAAUUCAAGUCAUGAUGUAGAGGAACACGUGAUAAGCAGACGACCUCCUUCUUUAGUUUCACCAGAUUUGCCACCUAUUCAAUCCAUUUCUACAAACUUUGGAAGCACUGAUACUUCUCCAAUUUCUCCAAAAGAGCGCCCAACCGCACCUCCUCGACAAUCAUCUAGACCUUUAUCUUUACAUGAAAAUAAAACAGAAUCUCAAAAAUCACCAACUUUAGCCAAACCACCGAAAUCUUUUUCACCAGCUAAACCUCCUGUUGUUUCUCCAGUUAAGAGGUCAUCAUCAACAUCAUCUAAAUCGGAUAAAACUAAGAAUGAGAAUUCACCAACUGAGCCCGUUUCACCAAAAAUUAAUCGAAAAACAUCUUAUGACCAACAUGAUUCUUCUACAUCUUUGCCCGAACCAUCUGAACCAGAAAACAAAGAUAAUGAUAUAAUUGAAGAUGAAAAACAAACAGAAGAGGUUGCUGAAAAACCUGAAAUACGUGAAGAAGUAGAUAAAGAAGCAGAAGUUUCUGAUAAUGAAGAAAAUGAAGAAAAAGAUGAAGUAAACACUGAAGAUCUUGAUAAAAAAGAUGAUGAUGAUACAACUGGUGGUCAUGAAGUAGAACCUGAAGAAAAGAAACCACAGUCACAACUUCCACCUUUGCCAACUGGUCCUAAACUAACCAGUUUACAAAAGGAUAGACCCGCUAUUAAAAACAGGAAAACUCCUAGUGCCAAGAGUAUCAAGGAAAGUGCUAGCCAAAGUCAAACCGCAAUUUUAUUAGAGUCUGUUUCAUCGGUAGGUAACUUUAUCUAAAGUAUAUUAUUUAUAAAAAUGAUUUACUGAUGCAUUUAUUG